AUGGCAAAUAUAUACGAUGAAUUAUAUAUACCUUUGAGUUAUUAUAUUCUACAUAAUGAUGGAAAAAACCUAAAUACAAAUAAUGAAAAAAUAAAUACAAAUAAAAAAACGAAUAAGAAAGAAGUCAUUAAUAAAUCUUCUUUAAUCAUUGAAAUAAAACCAUAUGGUGAAAAUACUGAUUUAGAUUAUGUAUUAAAACUUGUAAAAGAAAUUAAAAUUGAUGGUUUAACUUGGGGAGAAGCUUAUAAGAAAAUUCCUUUUGCUUUUGGACUUUUUAAGUUGCAAGUUAGUUGUGUAAUUGUUGAUGACCUAGUUAACACAGAUGAAAUUAUAGAAAUGAUAGAAAACAUAGGAUUAGAUGAAGAACAAUGUAAAAAAAAAAAAGAGUUAGAAGCAAAACAAACGGAAAAUGAUGAAUUUGAAGAGGAAGAAGAAGAAGAAGAAGAAAUUGAAGGACUAGUUCAAUCUGCUGAAAUUAUUUCUUUUAAUAAAUUAUAA